UAUACAGAAAAAAUGACAGACAAAAAUCUUACUGUCAUGGAAGAAUUUAUUCUCUUAGGAUUUUCUGAACUUCCCAACUUUCAAGGGCUUCUUUUUAUUACUUUUUUAGUCAUUUAUAUAAGUAUCCUGUUAGGAAAUGGUCUCAUCAUUGUAAUCACCAAUAUGGAACCUGCUCUCCAAAUACCCAUGUAUUACUUCCUUGGGAACUUCUCCUUUGUGGAAAUUUGUUACACAUCAGUCACUCUACCCAGAAUGCUUAUGAAUCUUUGGAGACAGAAAAGAAAUAUUUCUUUACUGUCAUGUGCUGUGCAACUGUGUUUCUUCCUUAUUCUGGCAGCCACAGAGAGCUUCCUCCUGGCAGUGAUGGCCUAUGAUCGCUAUGUGGCAAUCUGUAAGCCCCUCUCUUAUCCUCUAAUCAUGAACCGCAAGAUGUGUGUCCAGAUGGUGAUUGGCUCCUGGGUCACUGGAAUUCCAGUCUUCAUAGGGCAGACAUACCAGGUUUUCUCUGUACCCUUCUGUGGUUCUAACAAACUCAAUCAUGUUUUCUGUGACAUGCCCCCACUAUUGAAGUUGGCAUGUGGAGACACUUCUGGGAAUGAAUUCUUUAUUUAUAUUGAUUGUUUCCUGUUUGCUUUGAUUCCCUUUCUAUUGAUACUCUUCUCUUACAUCAGAAUCCUCAGCACUAUUUUGAAGCUCCCAUCAACCACUGGCAGAUCCAAAGCCUUCUCUACUUGCUCUUCUCAUCUUAUUGUCGUAUGCUUAUUCUACGGUUCGGGUUCCAUUGCAUAUCUGCAAUCCAAGUCCAGUUACUCAGGCAGAACAGAUAAGAUCUUCUCCCUAUUCUAUAUCACUGUGACCCCAGUGGUUAAUCCUAUGAUAUAUACUCUGAGGAACAAGGACUUCAUUGAGGCAAUGAGAAAACUAUUUUCUAAAUGUAUAGGGUUGCUAGGGGUCACUCUGGGUCUUCCAUUUACCUCAAAACAACCACUUCCACCCAAUGGCACUAGCCCACAAGCAACUUCCAUCUCCAGCUGCCAGUCCGAACUCCCAGAGUGUUUACUGCUGGCUGUGACGGCAUAUGACUGCUACGUGGCCAUUUGUAGGUCUCUGUACUAUCAAGUCAUCAUGAACCACAAAGUGUGUGUCCAGCUGGUCAUUGGCUCCUGGGUCACUGGGAUGCCAGUGGUGAUAGGGCAGACCUAUCAGAUAUUUUCUCUACAAUUCUGUGGUUCUAACAAGCUCACUCAUGUUUUCUGUCACAUGCCCCCAGUGGUGAAGCUGACCUGUGGGGACACAUUUGUAAAUCACCUCUCAGUCUAUGCUGAUGCUGUCCUCUUUGCAUUGAUUCCCUUUCUGUUGAUACUUGAGUCCUAUGGAAAAAUUAUCUUGACCAUCCUGAAAUUGUCAUCAGCCCCUGGAAGACACAGACUGUUCUCCACUUUUUCUUCUCACCUCAUAGUUGUCAUCUAA